UGCCACAAGAGAGUGAAAAGUGUCACGCUGCAGUUACGCGCGCGCCGUCAACACGCGCAAUAUUAUUAUUGUUCACCACCCGCCGUUGUCGUUUGGCCGCAGGUUCAUAUUCUGCAGAAAUCCACAGGCCGUCACGGGCGAAACUCUUUCGUUUCGGCAUUUGAUAUUAUAGUAUUAUACAUGCCACAACCUGAGGAGUCCGUCGUGGCACCACGCCCGAAGACCGGCGGUAAUUCCUGAUUGGACGAAUUCUGCAAUAACAUUGUAGAAUAUCUGUUUCACUGCGCGCGUGUAUUCCGUUUGGUUAAUGAAGUGUGUGUAGCUAUACCGACGACGGUGCGAUUGUGGUUUUUACCGCAGACCAUACUAUCAUAUUGGUCGCACGUCAGUAAAAUACGUGGUGGUAAGUUCCGUGGCCGACGAAUAGCGACUGUACCGGAUACCAACGCUUUGCACUGCAGCUCGAAACCCGAUCCGAUUUCAAAUUCCGACAUAUGGGCAUCACGACAAUAGCCGUUACAUCCGGACAUUGCCGUUGACCCGUCUCCUUUCCGCUGGUUGAGUCCGGCCACAUCCACACCGGAAGUACGCGUCGAUCUAUACAGACGCGUAGAUCACCGACCACACCGCCGCUGGUGAACGAUUUUUUUCCUCCGAUCACCAUGUACAGGCCGGCCGUGCUGUGCUUAGUUGCGGUCUUCGCGGUGGUGACAGCGGCCACCGUCAAGCGACACCCGGUAACGGUGGUCGUGUCGUUCGACGGUUUCCGGCCCGAUUAUAUCCGGCCCGACGUGACGCCGCACAUGGCCCAGUUCCGGGACGCGUCCGCCGCACCGCCGUACAUGCGCAGCGCGUUCCCCACGAAGACGUUCGUCAACCACUUCACCAUGGCCACCGGACUGAAUCCCGAGACGCAUGGCGUGCUCGACAAUACCAUGUUCGACAGUCACAACGAGACGAUGCACUACACGUACGAGCAGUUCCAUUACGACGAUUCGGUGGUGCCCAUCUGGAUACAAAACGAAAAUAAUGGAGAAGGACGACAUAGUGGUGUAAUGAUGUGGCCAGGAUCAGAAUUUCCAUAUCAAGGCAAAACCCCAACUUACAUUGAAGUAUACAACAAUUCAAUACAUUGGAAUUCUCGAAUAGACACUAUCAUGUCAUGGAUUGAAAAUGAAAAUCAACCAGCCAAUCUAGUGUUUGCAUAUUUUGAAGAACCAGAUAGAACUGGUCAUAAAAAAGGAGUCGGCUCACAAGAGAUACAAAAUCAAAUCCUUAGAGUAGAUGGGACAGUCAAAUACAUACUUGAACAAUUAAAAUAUAAAAAUUUAGAAGAGAAAAUAAACCUCAUAAUUCUUAGCGACCACGGAAUGGAAACAGUCACAUAUGAUAGAAUGAUAUUUCUAGAUGAUUACGUAUCCAAUAUGACCUACAAAUCCGUUAUUACAGGCCCAAAUGCAUUUAUACUUCCAAAUACGGGUAAAUUUGACGAAGUUUAUACAAAUCUUUCAAGCGGAGCCAAUACAUCAAAAACAUUUUACGUAUUUAAAAAAAAAGAAUUACCUGACCGUUGGCAUAUGAAGAAUAAUCCUAGAUUGAACGGAAUCAUCUAUUUGUUGUCAAAACCCAGUCACGCGUUUUGGUACAGUUUUUAUCAAAACAUUUUGGAUAAAACAACCAAGGAAAUGUUCAGAACCGGAACCCACGGAUACGACAAUGACGACCCUCUGAUGCAUGCCCUAUUCAUGGUUUCGGGACCAAUGUUCAAGAAGAACUUCACUGCACAGCCAUUUGACAACGUGGACCUGUACCCGCUGAUCAGCCACCUGUUGACACUAGAUGAGACGGCCAAUUACGCGCGGCCGGUGAACGGGACGAUAGCCGGCGUGGAACAACUACUGCUGUCGCCCAAGUCAUCAAGUGCUGGCACGUCGUCGUCGUCGUCGCCACACGUCCUAGCUGGCAUACUAGCGACCUUCAUCGAUGCUUUAAAAAAGUACCAGUGAACAUAACCGAAUGUCCAGGCCGGUUUCCCGAUGUAUAAUAAUAUAGGUCCAAUAUUUUAAUAUGUAUUAUAUUUAGUUUUGUUUUGGCACUCGAUGCAACCGCACAUACAUCGCAACUCACCACUGACAUAGUGACAUAUUGUGUGCGUAUACACCAAGAUUUUAACCGUUUACCGCCGAAACUCGAAAGUAUAUCCGUCUUACGAUAUUGAUAUUGUUCUAAAUACAAAUUAUUAUUGUUGUUGUCAGAUACGACAAAAAAAUUGAAUCCACAGAGGAAGAAUUGUAGAUAGAUUUUUCGUUAAUUCAUUAUUGUAAUAUUUUUUUUAGACAUUCCCUUUUAAUUGUUCAAUACGAUUAUGUCAAAUAAUAAUGAAUGAUUUAUACGUAUAAUAUAUGUAUUAAUACGUAUAAUAUAUGUAUUAAUACGUAUAUUUUAUUAUUUGUUUUUUGAUGUGAAACCUCUAAUGCAGCAGGUGAGACAGGCGAGACAGCCUAUUGACGUGGUCAUACGUAGCCACGCACUCGUAACUCUACGACUAUCUUACCACUCCAAUGUUAUAUUUAAGCAAUUCUUUCAUUAUUUUCGGUUACUGUUCGUCUUUGCGUGUGUAUUAAAUGACCAUUAGUAAGGAUACUGAAUACUACUAUACUCCACACUUGCAUCAUACAUAUUACGCACCCGGAUGUACAUGAAAUUUAGUCAUUAGUUCAAAAUAUUCAAAAUAAAUUUAUGGACGUGGAAUAGUUAUUAUGCCAGACAUAUAUUUAAGGACUUCCAAAAAUCUGAUUUAAAAAAUGUUUGAUUUUUUGAAUGCAUAACUUUAUUUAUUAUGAAACGAAUUAUUAUAAUAUCCAUGAACUCCGUACACCAGAUAUGAUCUUAUAGCUCAGUUGGUAUACGUAUCGGCUAUUAUUAAUGUCAUUUAUGAUAAUUAUUUAAUUGCAAUUGAUUUGGCUGAAAUAAAUAAACAAGAUUGCAUUGCAUCGGUCGGAGCACUUUUUUAUUUUUAGCGAAUUCUUUACGGUAGUAAAUAUUUUAAAUGUUAUACAUUUUUUUUAUAUUAAAUAAAUUAAAUGCUAUUAAAAAAUUUUAAUAUGCAUAUAUUUUUAUAUAUAUGCUCCUAUACCGAUGCAAAGUAAACUUCAUUAUAAAAUCCAAAA